UACAAUGGAAACUUCACUUUCUUCAUCUUCUUCUUUGGAAAUCUGUACAGCUUCUCCGUCUAAGCUGCGAUCAACUGCCGUAAUGUCCUCCUUCGCUACGGCCGCCACUCUAUCUCUCCCGAUUUCCUACGGUCGAUCUUCAAAAUACGUUGUCAAAAAGAAUCUAGGAGCUAGGUUUCGAGUAUAUGCUAUAAUAGGAGAUGAUGCCAUGCUUGAAAAGAAAAGUACAUGGGGAAACCUUUUUGAUGUUGAGGAUCCACGGUCUAAAUUUCAAUUAUGUAAAGGAGAAUCUCUCGGUGUAAAUCAAGCCUUAGAUGUUGCUAGAUAUGAUCUUCAAUACUGCGAUUGGCGUGCUCGUCAAGAUGUUCUCACAAUCAUGCUUCUUCAUGACAAAGUUGUGGAAGUAUUAAAUCCUUUGGCUAGAGAUUAUAAAUCAAUUGGAACGUUAAAGAAAGAGCUUGAUGAAUUACAAGAACAGCUUUCUACAGCUCAUAGACAGGUACAUAUAUCGGAAACAAGGGUUUCAACAGCUUUGGAUAAACUAGCUCACAUGGAAGAAUUGGUUAAUGACAGACUUUUGCAAGAAAGAACUACAACUACAACAACAACAACAACAAACACAAUAGAAACAGCAACAGAGUCUGUCUGCUCCUCUUCUUCUUCUUCAUCGGAAGUGUCUUCAGAGAGUGCUAAAUCUAAGGUGCCUAGGAGAAGUCUGGACGUUUCUGGUCCUGUAAAACGAUACCAUCCCCGUCUCAAGAACUUUUGGUAUCCUGUUGCAUUCUCUAGUGGUCUAAAGGAGGAUACAAUGGUACCAAUCGAUUGUUUCGAACAGUCUUGGGUAUUAUUUCGUGGAAAAGAUGGGAAGCCUGGUUGUGUCCAGAAUACAUGUGCGCAUCGAGCAUGCCCUCUUGACCUUGGCUCCGUCAAUGAAGGGCGAAUCCAGUGUCCUUAUCAUGGAUGGGAAUACUCAACGGAUGGAAAGUGUGAGAAAAUGCCAUCAACAAGACUACUAGUUGAUGUGAAGAUAAAGUCAUUACCAUGUUUUGAACAUGAAGGGAUGAUAUGGGUUUGGCCAGGACGUGAACCACCAACUGCAACCCUUCCUAGUUUAUUGCCUCCUCCAGGGUUUCAAAUACACGCAGAGAUAGUUAUGGAACUUCCCGUGGAACAUGGCUUACUUCUAGACAACCUUUUGGAUCUUGCACAUGCUCCUUUCACUCACACAUCCACUUUCGCCAAGGGAUGGUCUGUUCCCAGCUUGGUAAAAUUCUUGACACCCGGUCCUGGGCUUCAAGGAUAUUGGGACCCUUAUCCAAUAGAUAUGGAAUUUCGUCCUCCUUGUAUGGUAUUAUCAACAAUCGGAAUAUCUAAACCAGGAAAACUAAAAGGACAAAGCACAAAAGAGUGUUCAACCCAUCUUCACCAACUUCAUGUUUGCUUACCAUCAUCUAGACAGAAAACACGGUUAUUAUACAGAAUGUCAUUAGAUUUUGCUCCAGUUCUAAAACACAUCCCUUUCAUGGAGUACCUAUGGAGACAUUUUGCUGAACAGGUUCUUAACGAGGAUCUAAGACUUGUACUCGGACAACAAGAACGAAUGAUCAACGGUGCGAAUGUGUGGAACUGGCCCGUUUCUUAUGAUAAGUUGGGGAUAAGAUAUAGGCUAUGGAGAGAUGCUGUUGAACAGGGAGCCAAAAGAUUGCCAUUUACCAAUCAAGAAGAUAACUAAUUUCACAUUCAAGACAACAAAAUGAUGAAAAAAGUAUUAACCUUGGAUUGGAAUGUACAGAAACUGUACACACUGUGUUCUAUGAUUUUUUGUGUACAGUUUAUUUGGAAUUUUUUUUGGCCCUUGCAUGAAGGGUGCAAGGAUUUAGAUAGAGGGUCCUAUAAAAGUCCUGAGAUGAGUAAAAGGUGGUUGUGUACAAUAUUAAAUGUCUCUGUUUUUUUCUCUUUCUUAUUUCAUUAAUAAGAAAAUGCAAUUCAU